GGGAGAUGGUACGGGGUGUUUUGCUCGGCACUCCCCUCUGACGAAUAUUACUCAACCAUCAACCCAACUAUUCAUGGACAUAGAAUAUGCAAUUACAUUUGUGGAACCUUGGCAUCAAGCUAUAUGAGGAUUCAAUCACAUGAAGAAUUUACCGCAGAGUGUCCCCUGUUGCUGAUGGUGGUGAGUGGUGGUGUUGUACUUGGCUGUAUGUUUAUUGGAUUGGAAGGAAUUACUUUACAGAGGUGUGCAAGCUGUACUCUAAUGCUGGGUUCCUUUGUAUUGGGCAGCAACCAGAUAGGAACUAAGAAAUAUGUAAACCUGACCGUUACAUUAAAAACAUUGUUGGAUGGACUUGUAAGCUCAAAAUUGGUAGAGCGCUCAAUUGCACUAGUGCAA